UGAUGGACGUAUAUAACAAAAUGAAUGGAAUAAAAGAAUUUCUAUCUUAAUUAGAAUACUAUACAGCAUUAGAAAAGUUAGAAAUGAAAUAAAAGGGUAAUCUUGAAUUUGAAGAAGAAAGCCUUACAAUUUACAAGGAACAUUAUUAAGAAGUAAUGCAAAAAGUUAUAAUAUAGUUUAUAAAAUCCUUUAAGAAGUAAUAGACAAGCAAUAAAAAUGAGAAAGAAGAAAUAAAAUAGUUUUUGAGGGAAACAUUUCCAGAAGCCAUUGAAAAGAUAAAACGAAUAAUUGCAGACAAAGUAAAUUUAUAAUUAAAUUCAGGAAAAAUUAAUCGAAGGUGAUAUUAAAGAACUAGCCAAAAUCAAGCAUUAAUAGCCAGAAGACAUAAGUAAAAGAUUUGAAGAGUUCAACUAUCUACAUUAGAAGAUUUAAGAAGGUAUUAUAAUUAAUCAAUAUAAUUAGUAUUGGAAUCAAAUGAUGAAUAAGAUAUUUAUAAGACCUUAGAAUUAUUAGAAUCUAAGAUUAUGAUAGGUUCUUUCAAAUAAAUGCAAAGUUAAGAAGUAGAUUUCUUUAUGAAGAGUGUUGAUAAACUUUUCAGAGAAAAAUAGAAUCCCAAUAAGAAAUAAGAAUCUAUCUAAUUAGUUAGCUUAAUGAGAAGUGUAAUAUCCGAAUAUCUCAUUAAAAUGAUGAAUGAUUAACUUGAAUCUUCUUUUGAUUUAUUGGAUAAGGAACUCUUCUUUACCGAAUCCAAAAAUACUCAUGUCAACGCUAAAGAAUAAUAUAUUGCUCUCUUACGUAAAUUAGAAUGUAAUCCUUAUUCUAAUUCUUAGAAUUGCAUUACACAGUUUGGAAAGAAGUGAUGGAAUUACCAUAUGAUAAUUAUUUACUUGAAAUAGGUGAAAAAUAAUAUGAAUAAGCAACUCAAAUAGGGAAUCGUGCCAUAUCAUACCACACUUAAAUGGACGAUAUGAUAAAAGCAAUGCUAGAACGUUUUUUAUAAAGAUGA